UGUUUUGUCUGGGUCAAAAAAAAAACAUGGGGAUGGUCCGACUGACACGCGUGUACCGCUUCUCGCAGCCUUGGCAUCUGGAUCUUCGUCUUCUGGGUGUUCUCCAACUGCCAGCCCGUCUUCAAUCCCCCCACAACGCAGGGUUGUAGCACAUACAUGAUAACCUCACAGUACUAACGCCGAGUUUUGGGCUUGGGUCUUGCGUAAUCCGCCCCCCUGCGACCUUUUCUUCCUCCUCCCUUGGAGCCCUCCGGCCUGCACAAACUUAUUUACUAUUUUUGCAACCCUUUUCCUCCUAUCAUUGUUUGUGACCGCCCUGUCCCUACUUUUUCGCUGUCUUCCCUCCGAUCGCACUGCACGCACGGACGAACCCCUAGGAAAAGUCCAAAGCUCAGCCCGCAACGGGGCACAGCAGCAGUCUCCUGGCAACCGCUUCCCGCCUUGGUGCCGGACCCGCGCCCAGCUGAAAACUAAACCCGUCUGGCCCGGCUCCUCGUGGUUCCAGCCCAGCCCAGCCUAGCCCAGCCCACUGUCCUACAUAGGUUGCUCCUCGCCCGCUCUCUAAAGCAGAUCUCACGGCGGCGAUCGAAAACGACAAACGACAGAUAAUACGAGAGCAGCAAACGCCCAACGCAUCGAUUCCGAGCCAUCCCCAACGUCGCCCAAAAUGGUUUGGGAGGACGUCGAGUUUGACGCCGACAAGGUUCCCAACAUCAAGUUAGGCCUGCACAUCGCCCAGAUCGUGUUUGGGUUUGUGGGCUGGUGUCUCGAGAUAGUCGUCUUCCGGGCCGAUGGGUCGCUCAUCAACGGCAAUGUUGGCUGGACCUUUGCAGUUUUCUUCCUCAGCAUCCCCGCAUGGAUCUACCUCAUAGGCGCCCCCAGGUCGCCGCGGGCACGACACCUGGCUGAGCCGCACGUCAUGGUGGCAGUGGAUUCCAUCUUCGCCAUCAUCUGGCUGUCGGCGUUUGCCACGCAGGCCGCCUACAACACGGCCGACCAGUGCGGCACCGCCUGCGCCGCCAGCAAGGCCAUCGUCGGCCUCGGCUUUUUCGUCUGCCUCUUCUUCGCCGUCACGAUGGCCAUCAGCAUUUACAGCCUCAAGUACUACCAGUUCAACGGCCGCCUGCCCGGCUACGACCGCCUGGGCGGUGGCGUCGGCGGCGACGGCCAGAACAUCGACCCGGACAAGGCCGCCUUCUCCAUGGCGCCCCACGGCGGCGAGGACGCCUACACCCCGAUCCACGGCCGCGACGAGGACGAACGCCGCGACGACCCGCUCGACCCGCGCGACGACCACGGCGGCCCUUACAUGAACACUGCCUACAAUAGCAAUAGCUAUAGCUCCGCCGCCGCCGGCGGCCAUCAGGCCGCGGGCAACCCAUACGGUGGCGGCGCCGGUGGCUUCGCCGAGCCCGACCCCUACGGCGGCAGCGUCGGCAGCCGCCUCGGCCGUAACGGCAACCCCUUCGACCAGGGCCGCAACGACAACAACCCCUUUGGCGACGCCGACCACACGGGCUACGUGCCCCCGGCCCACACCACGAGCCCCGGGCCCGGCCUCCACGGCCGCGUCAGCCCGAACCCCACCACCUACAGGCCGCCCAGCGCCCAGGACGGCUACGACGACACCAGGCCCGCCCAGUUCCCCGCUGGCAACUACGACCGCACGCUCCACUGAGGUGGCCGCAUGAGCAGGACUCGUCGAGCUAGCUCCCCCCGCCCUGAGAUUGGUCGAGCCGCGUCGACUCAAGGUUUUGGUUAAUAGAGUCGCGAGACAGUGCCUCCGUAUUCACCAUGUCCUCGUCUUCAUUCCUCCGAGGGCUGUCUUUCCCCUAUUCGACCGAGAUGGGCUGGUUUGUCCCUCGUAUUGUCCAUCCCCCCCCCUCUUUUUUUUUUCUCGCCGUCAUAACUAUUUCCGUUUACAUGUAUACGAAACCUAUAUUUUGGUGAGCCGGGAAACGACAUGGCAUGAACAAAAGAUCAUGGAUUUUUUCAGAAGCACUACAUUCGGCUCAAGUUGGUAGCGUGUGUGAGGCUAACCCUGGGUUGGGUAGUCUAGAGGUUCUUUUUUCUGCUUGGUAUGUCUCUCUAUGUACAGGUAGAAGCCAUGUGUGCGCACAUGGCACACGCGAGGGGAUGGUGUUAUGAGGCGUCUCGUUGGGUUGUCCAUGGUAAAUUUACAUAGCAAAUAUCAACGCUUCCAUGAUGUCUCAA